AUGGCGAAACCUGCAAAGCUUAUUCCACUGAGGAAAGAAAACACUCCUGUUGCAGCCUUCGAGAAAAGAGGUGGUGAGCGCCAACUGGAUAAAGAUAGGAAAAAGGACAUCCCUCAUCCGAGGAUGCAGUUUAAUGAUGAAAAUAAAGUUGAGAAGGCAAAAAAGCGAUCUAUGGUUGGGCUGCAGUAUCUAGCCGGAGACAUUUCCGGUGGCAACACCCGGUGCAUUGCCAUGCUUCAAGCUUUCCAAGAAUCCAUCAAGGACUACACCACCCCUCCAGACAAGGCCCUCGCUCGGGACCUGACCGCAAAAAUAAACACUUAUGUCUCUUUUCUUAUCGAAUGCAGGCCACUCUCUAUGAGCAUGGGGAACGCGAUCAGAUUCCUCAAAUCUCGAGUCACCAACCUAUCCCCAAAUCUGUCUGAGGUGGAGGCAAAAGCCCAUCUCAUUUCUAAUAUUGACCGCUUUAUAGAGGAGAAGAUUAUUCUGGCGUUUAAAGUUAUCGUCAAGCAUACUGUCACCAAGAUUAGGGAUGGUGAUGUGCUCCUCACGUACGGUUCCUCUUUUGCUGUUGAGAUGAUAUUUUCGCAUGCCCAUGAGCUUGGUAGGAAGUUCCGGGUGGUGAUAGUUGAUUCACGUCCCAAGCUCGAAGGCUCCGCAGGCUUGUGGGUGUUUCUGGGGGCGUCUUCGGUUUUGUCUAACGGGGCAGUUUACUCUAGGGUUGGUACGGCCUGCGUGGCCAUGGUUGCUAAUCAGUUUCGUGUCCCAGUCAUGAUCUGCUGUGAGGCUUACAAGUUUCACGAGAGAGUUCAGCUUGAUUCGAUUUGCUCAAAUGAGCUUGGAGCCAGAAGAUGGGUUUUUCGAUCAGCUUUUGCUCGCUCCCAUAAGUUUUCUUGUCGGAAUCUUCUUCUCUAUCGGACAAAGGACCCGAUCUCGCACAUGCUAACCCCCGAGCAUUAUAUGGCGGCUUCUCGUUGGGCAACCCUAAUCCACAACAUUUUGAUGACGUGGCUUCAUCCCGACCUUUGCUUGGUUUUCCUUGCCACGUGGACGACCAACAACAAUAACACCCUUUUGACUGGUCUUCAGGACUCUUUACCCUGGGCCAAUCAUGCGCCCUCCUGGUCCAUCUCCUCCGCAGUCCAAGUUGCUACCAUUGGACUUCCUUCUAACCCGACAAACAGCUUCUCUGGGCCAGGGUUUGAAGCCCACGUAACUACAUUCAGACCCUACAACCCAUGUCCCUCACACCCCUUUUUUGGCCUCUCCCCAGUCUCUUUUCUCUGCCCACCCCAAACCCAGCCCACAUCACACAAUCCAUUACCCAACACCCAACCCCAUCCCUGA